AGCCACCCGCGUCUUACUGCCUGGUUGGGUCUAGGGGUUUACUAAGUGUUUCCUUACUUCCGCCAUGUCCGAAGUCGCGCUCCCAGCUCCAGCUGCUUCCACUCCCCUUGAGAAAUCUUCAGCUGGUAAGAAGGCAAAGAAGCCUGCUAAGGCUGCAGCAGCCGCCAAGAAAAAACCCGCGGGCCCUUCAGUUUCGGAGCUGAUUGUGCAAGCUGUUUCCUCCUCCAAGGAGCGCAGCGGUGUGUCCCUGGCCGCGCUGAAGAAGGCGCUGGCGGCCGCUGGCUACGAUGUGGAAAAGAAUAACAGCCGCAUUAAGCUGGGUCUUAAGAGCCUAGUGGGCAAAGGCACCCUGGUGCAGACCAAGGGCACCGGCGCCUCGGGUUCUUUCAAGCUCAACAAGAAAGUAGCCUCCGUGGAUGCCAAGCCCACCGCCACAAAGGUGGCAACGAAAACCAAGGUAACAAGCGCUUCUAAGAAGGCCACUGGGGCGGCUGCUGCUAAGAAAGGUGUCAAGACUCCAAAAAAGGCUAAAAAGUCGGUGUUGACAAAGAAGUCCUCUAAGAGUCCUAAGAAGCCUAAGGCUGUGAAGCCUAAGAAAGUAGCCAAGAGCCCUGCCAAAGCCAAGGCUGUGAAACCCAAAGGGGCCAAAGUGAAGAUAACCAAGCCAAAGACCGUUGCCAAACCCAAGAAGGCAGCACCCAAGAAGAAGUAAGAGUUCUGGUUGGAAGCUGCUUCCAAUAAACCAACGGCUCUUUUAAGAGCCAC